AUGCUCCUUCUCCUGCUCAGCUGCCUGUUGCCCACGGCCUCCGGGAAGAGCUGCCUCCACUGCUGGCCGGAGCUGCCGGCCGUGGUGGACUAUGACCUGCAGGUCCUCUGGGGCUCGCCAGGGCCCCCCGUGGAGCUCUCCCAACAUCAUGACCAUUUGGAAAAAGAGAUGGCCAGAUUCUUCAAUCACAUAGAUAAAGCCAUUAUGAAAUUCCGGGACGAUAAAUCAUUGCUUUUGAUUGAGGUUGAUAACUACAAGAAGCUCUUUUUGGAAAGGCUGAGAAAGAUAUCCAAGGGGCUAAAGGAGAAGGCACCUCAGUCUUUCUACCAUCUCACCUCCCGGGCAGCCUGCAACAAGUCCUGUGUGCUGCACCCCGACAUGGAGGUCAUCAACUGUGUCACCUGUGGGCAUCACCAACUGUCCUGCAAUGACAGCACUCUCUGCCCAGCCUGGAACUCACAUGUCCUCAUCUGGAUUGCCUGCGUCUGGAUUUUUCUGCUCAUGGGAGCCGCAGCUGGAGGUGGAUACUAUUACUUUUACUGGCUCAAGAAGAAGAUCCAGCAGGGAGAAAAGGUAUUGGACUCUGCUAGAAUCUAA